CGUAGUGUGUCGGGUGACGGAUAGUGUUGGCUUGACGUUAGAGGUUAUGAAGAAUAAGAGAGUGUUUAAUUGGUGUUACGACGGUGACUGUUGCGAAGUGUUCGUAUUUAUGAUUGUCUGCUGAUUAAUUUAUAAGGUUUAACUAAACAUAGUGGAUAAAUCUGGACAGCAUGAAGAGUUUUAUUUUCUGCGCUAUAACCCCAGUGUAGACCGGUGAGCGUCAGAUGGCGGUUCGGAGGAAUAUAUGAGCUCCAUCUUCAGGGUUGAAGAGUAAGCCAAGCAAGAAACUUGAUCAUCUGAAGAUGGAUGCCAGGUUCUCUCCAACCUGCAUGGAGUUAUAACCAGAAGACUGUAUUUUCAGACUCUUUAAAAUUGUUUUGAGAAUACAGACACAUUCCAGCUGCAGGUAUUGAUUGCAGAUGCUGGUUAAAAUUGAGCUAUGGUGUGUGUAAAUAUUAAUGACAACAUGGAUAACAACUCAGUUAGUGGGAAGCGCAGAUCUGUAGAUGACUGCCCUAUUUGGAAGAACAAACCAGAUACAUCAUGCCCCCUGAAGUUGGAAGUGUAUGAGGAUCACUCAUCAGAUGGAGUCUCCUCAGAGGCGUUAGAAAUAGUCACAUCAGAGAACGAAAUGACAGAGUUAAGUGGCAGAUCUCCUAAACGGAAAAGGAAGGAUACUUCAUUUUAUGACGGUAUUCCUGAAAUAUUGGAUACCAUGGAUGAAGAGAUAGAAAGGCAGCUUGAUUCUAAAGUGGAGAAGUCAAAUUUGACAGUCGCUAACGUAAAGAACAUCUUGAAGCAUGUGAUCUCAAACAAACAUUUUCUUGCAAUGGUACGUCGCACGAUUAAGGAUGAAGGUGAUGGUAUCAGGUGUGAUAAAGAGACUGAAGAUGAGUUCCCGUACGAGCCGAAGCUGACGAGAGCGAAAACGAAGGAACUGCGUAUGACACAGCCUGCCAUCUCGUGGCCAAUAAGCCCUUCCAAAAAGCCAUCUUCUUCCAAGUGCCAGGUGCUGAUAGAACAGGAGCUGUCAGAAGAUUCCAGUGAUGAAGAGUAUCAACCCAAUGAUGAAGAACAGGAGCAGAGCGAUGAGGAGAAGGAAACAAAUUCUCUGGCAACUAGCCAGGAUAUGCCACCUCCUGCUCCCACCAACCUUUCUGCAUCGGAGUCAGCCUCGAAUAGUGAUUGUUCCAUGCCGAUAUCUUGGUCGCAGGAUGGCCUCUUCAAGAUUCCUCAGGAGAGCAUUGGACAGAGAACACGAUCCAAGUUGUCCCUGAGUGAUACGCCAUUGGAAACGAUUGAGAAGGCUUUCGUGCCACCAGACAUCACUACAGAUAUGUAUGAUAGUGAAUGCGAUGAUGAGAAUUGGAAGGAUUUCUUGACGAAUUUUACAGAACCUCUAACAGCGGAUGUUAAUGAUACAAUUGACGACUAUGAAGCAGAUCCUGAGUACAAUUUCUUAGAAGACGAGGAAGAAACGGAUGACAGGGAGGAGCUGCGAGCUGACAGGGCUGUGAAGGUGUCUAAGAAGGAACUCAAUGAGCUGGUUGCUGCUCUGUUCGAAUAUACGGACAUGAUGUCAAGUGAUGAUGAAGAUCCCAGGACCCACCAGCAAGAAACUCUCUUGAUAUUUCAGGAAGAUCAGCCUGGGCAAAAAGAGGAUCCUGCACCAGUGAUACCUAAGUUGGUGGUAGUCUCUGAUAACAGUGCCCAGGAAGAGAAUGUGACGGUGGUGAUGCCAUCAGAACAGAGACUUGGGAGGGUGAUGAUGUCAUCAGAACAGAGACUUUUGCUUGAUCAACAGAUGAGAAAGCAUGUCCAGCUAACAACGCAGCACUUCUUGCAGACAUACGCUCACCCACAGCUCUCUUCCUGUGCUUCAGAGUGCAAGGGUAUACUUGUAAGCCUUAAAUUUCUUGGUGGCGCAAAUGCAAAUUCAGCCUUUAAUGCUGCAAAUUUGCCUGCAGCACUUAAUCUGAUAGAAACAUGGGAGAGAAGAUUAAGUUCAUCCUCUCCAGAAGCAUCUGAAAUUAUAGGGUUUGUGCAGAAGGAAAUAGAUAUGGCAAUGUCACUCAGAAGAAAGAAAAGAGUGUACAAUUGUCAGUUUCCACUGCAGUUCCUGGAAUUGGUCAGUCAAAGCGAGGUUUUCUUAUAUCCAUUGCUUUUACCGGCUCAGCCGUUUCGAUGUGAUGGAUUCUCGAAGCUUUUCUACUUUCCAUCUGAAGAUUCGUUGAUAGCGAUAGGCCUAGAGCAGUUUGAGCAAUACUUGGCAUCCAAGAAAUCAAAAUCAAAAUCGUCAUCAUCAUUGUCACUGUCAAUGUCUAAACGUAAAACGAGGGGGCUACUUAUAGAAGUGAUGAACCUUAUAUCCACCUUCAUGAUGCCAUGCAAGGAUCCCAGGUUUCUAUAUUUCCAUGUGAAGAAGUCAAGGCUGGUCCAAUCAAAUCCUAUACAGUAUUACUUUCAACAUAACAGAGCUCCAAAGACAGACCACUACGUUAUCCCGUUCACCCCAGACCUCUUGAGACCACCAAGAAGUCAACCAAAGGAACUACUUCCUCUGGUGUGGAGAGAAUACCUGUACCCAAAGAAAGCAAAGUCCCAAGAGAUUGAAACAAGUCUCCUUCUGCUGCAGUCUUGAAAAGAUGUUGUUAAACUUUGUCUUUAUAAUGGACCAUAUUGGCUGCAUUGUGUGGUUGAUUUUGUGUGUUUCGUCAGUGAGGUUUUUGUCUUGUAAGGUAGUCUCUCCACUCUAAUAACUUUCAGAUGAAUGAUAUGCAGUGAAACCUCACUAAUCAGGAUCAAACUCAUGCCAUCAUUAAUGGAAGUCAGAAUUACAGGAAUGCUACUGAAAAUGGUGUUCAGGGAAGUUAUAAAAUGGACUUCACAUCUCAUUUUCUGCAACACAACUUUAUUUUGAAACUUAAAAUGAAUAUCAUAAAAUAAGUUUAUUUGUCAUAAAAUAUAAAGUAAUGUAAGUCUCGGUAUGUCCUAAAACAUUCUAGAUAGCCUGCAUACUUAGCAUUGAGACUGUGUUUAAAAAAAUUAAUUCCUUUUGGUUUGUGUUCCUCUUUUGUUCUCUUCUUUUACUAUGUCUUGCUGAUCACGGUGAUGUGAUCAUCAGGAUAGUAAUACACAAAAAAAGAGUCAUCCGAAUUAGUUACCAUGAAUCUUGGUAUGAAUGAUAAAUGUACAAGCAACUAGAGACUACGUCUCUGUUUUUAAUUUCCUCCUAUUAGUUCAGUGGCCACGAUAACUCAGUCAACAUAGCUACAGAUUAGAUCACCAGGGAAUCGCAGUCUGAUUUUUGGCAGAGGCCAGAAAUGUCUUUCUUCUAUAUAGUGUUCAGCAUGGGGCACGUGGUAGCGUAGUGGUUAAGGUCGCGGGUUCAAAUACUGAUGAGGUCAU